AAAAAGUCUGGAAGAUCAUUUCAGACAUGACUGUUGCAGCUACCUCAAUUAUGGAUCCGCGUUCUGUGAUUCCAUUCAUUUCCCACUUCAAAUCACCGAGCUUCAAUCACUUUACGAUUGAAUCCUUCCCUUUUCUUUUUCAAUUCUCUAUAAGAACCUUCAACAAUUCCUGUUUCCCGACGCACCCAUCUCAAUUUCUUUGUUCCCAAAUCGAUUUUCUUUGAAAUGGCGAGCAUCAAAGUCCAUGGAAGCCCCAUUUCCACCGCCACAGCCAGAGUUCUUGCUUGUCUUUACGAGAAAGAUCUCGAAUACCAGUUUGUUCUUCUGGACAUGAAGAAUAAUGAGCACAAGAAAGAGCCCUUCCUCUCCAUCAAUCCGUUUGGUCAAGUUCCUGGGUUUCAAGAUGGGGAUCUCACGAUUUUCGAAUCAAGGGCCAUUACCCAGUACCUGGCCUCCGCCUACGCCAGCAAGGGAAACCAAUUGCUGUCGGACGACCCAAAGAAAGCAGCGAUCAUAUCAACAUGGAUUGAAGUGGAAGGCCACCACUACGACCCACCGGGGGUAGCGCUGUCGUACGAGUAUCUUGUCAAGCCACUAUUCGGUCUGGGCGAGACAGAUCCCGCCGCCGUGGCUGAGAACGAAGCUAAGUUGGGGAAAGUUCUUGACAUCUACGAGAAUCAGCUUGGCAAAAGCAAGUUCUUGGCUGGCGAUACGUUCAGUUUGGCAGAUCUGCACCACAUCCCCAAUGUGCACUACUUGUUGGCGACGCCAUCGAAGAAGCUGUUCGAGUCACGGCCGCGCGUUAAUGCUUGGGUUGCUGAGAUCACUGCAAGGCCUUCGUGGGGCAAGGUCCUUGCCUUGCGCAAUCAGAAAUUGUAACCAUCCUUAGAAAGGAUAUUUAUUUAUAUUUAGUCUUGAUAUAUAGGCAAAUAUCUUUGAACAUAUUUGCUAUAAUAAAAUCUUACCUUAUUUAUGUCGUGUCACA